CUAUUAACAACAGUACAGUCAAUAAGACAUUGGUCAACACAAAUGUUAUGGGACUACUAUCAAGAAUAAUAAAUAUAACAUACAAUAUCACUGAAUAAAAAAUCAUAUCAACAACACAUCAUUAUUUAAGGCACAUAUCGACCAAAUAGGGUGACCAACACAACAAACGCGAUGCUUUAUUACUGCGGUUUCGAUAGUUUCCUGAAAUUCCGGCACAAGUCGGGUAUAAACAACAUAUUCCUGCGACCGCUGAGCGACCUUAUAUUCGACAACUCGGAUCACGUGAUCAGCGCAUACGUCGGGUGGUGUUCGCUGUUUUUGCAGACCGGGUCCGGACAGGUAGUCUACUUGGGCUACUCGAACCCUAAGGCACAUAUCAAGAAACAAUUGGACACUAAAUCAAAUGAAACGUUAAAUAAUACAAACAAUAAUCACGUGACCGAUAAAAAGCAUAAGGACUCGAAUGAGCUGAUUGUGUGCGAGAAAGCGCCCAAAUAUAUUGUUAACAUCGAGUGCGGCUCCAAAGAGACCAUGGUGCUUACCCUUGAUCAUCAGCUAUUUAAAUGGACUGGCUUCAACUUUGUGGACACAGAGCCCGCACUUAUCGGACAGCUGGAGCCCGAGGGCGAGCCCUCCACCCCCACCGCCACCACCGGUAGUGAACAACCGGCACAACCGCUGCCACCGAUCGAACAGAUCAGCGUCGGUGUCGAGUACUCUUGCGUACUGACCGACUCGGGCGACGCCAUACUAUUCGACAUAAGCACCGGGCGGUUGGGCGCGCGACUCACCGACAAACGCUGUGUGGCCGUCAGCUGCGGUCAGGAGCACGUGUUGGCCCUCACGGACACCGGGCGAGNUGUCGAGUACUCUUGCGUACUGACCGACUCGGGCGACGCCAUACUAUUCGACAUAAGCACCGGGCGGUUGGGCGCGCGACUCACCGACAAACGCUGUGUGGCCGUCAGCUGCGGUCAGGAGCACGUGUUGGCCCUCACGGACACCGGGCGAGUGCUGUCGUACGGGCGCGGGUCGAGGGGUCAGUUAGGCCACGGAGACGUCGAGGACGUUGUGACGGGCAGUGAGGGUAGCGAACCCGUGGGCGCCCGACUGGUCGACGCUCUGGACGGUGUAAAGAUCAAAGCGGUGGCCGCCGGCGGCUGGCACUCGAUGGCGCUGUCGACUACGGGUGAUGUGUAUGUGUGGGGUUGGAACGAGUCGGGACAGUUGGGUUACCCCCGCGAGACCAUAGCCAUGAAGGCGCUGCCCCUACCCCUCGAGAUCUCUGAUGACGAUUGUUUCGCGUCGAUUAGCGCCGGUAGCCGUCACUCGAUGGCGGUGUCCGAGAAUGGCAUACUGUUUGGCUGGGGCUGGAACAAGUGGGGACAGUUAGGUCUUGAUCCGAAACUAUAUGUUGUAUGUGAUACACCGCAAGUCAUACCAGUCGAUGAAAAGGUGAAAACUAUUUGCUGUAAAUUCUGGUCAAGCCUUAUAGAGACGGAACGGGAGCCGACACCCGAUGAUUGAGUGCUGGUUAACAACAAUACAGGCGUUUUGUUGGCGUUUAUGACAAUCGCCCGGUGCUCGACGUAUACGAGUGUCGACUGUACUGUAUAUAAAGUAUACACUAUUGUGCGGCUAUUUUAACGGACAGUUUUUCAAUGUAUAAUCGCAACAAUUUAUUUAAUUAAAUAAUGCAAACUAUGUU